UGGAGAGUAGCCAGAAGGAUUCUCCUCCAACACUACUGUUUCAUUUCCCAUCUCAGUUUCACACCAGCGUCAUGCUAGGCCUCCAGCCAUGUGUCUUUCUCGUCAUGCUCACCCUCCACGCUGCACAGAAAGUCGACGUGGAACCUCACAAACAGCUGAUCGUUGAUCUCCACAACGAGUACCGACGGCGCGAAAAGGCGGCCGAUAUGAUGUAUCUGGAGUGGGAUGAUGAAUUAUCCCACGAGGCCGCGGUCUGGGCGAAACGCUGUAAAUUCUUACACCAGGAAAACGAAUAUGGAGAAAACAUAGCGUAUGAUAUUAACGAGGCUAAGCCGGACAUGUUCGUGAAGCGAAUCCUCCGGCAGUGGUACGAUGAGAGGAUGCGGUACUACCGGAGUCCUUACGGCUGCCGAAACAGUUGCCAUUAUACCCAGAUGAUCUGGUCUGACACUUCCCAUGUGGGUUGUGCCAUGGCCCAGUGCAAAACCUUGUUAGUUUGGGGCCAGUAUAUGCACAACGCCUUCUACCUCGUUUGUUAUUAUUCACCUCGCGGUAAUUGGAUUGGCCAGUAUCCCUAUCUCUCCGGAACCUCUUGCUCAAGAUGCCCCCGUGGACAUUGGUGUAACAAGGGACUGUGCAAAAGUCGCGAGUCCACAAACUAUAGCAAAAUACACACAAAAACCUCAUUCACUUCGGUCUACUCCUCAGGUGCUACAGCAGAUGAGGCUGUAGCAGACAUUUCCCAGACUCUAACCGUAAUCAGCGCAAAGCCAGAUGUCAAGUUAAAACCAGGACCCAUGUCAGGCAGGGAAAGCUUAGAUGACAAAUUCGGGAACCGCAAGACGGACGGCUGUGAAGAUCUCCAGAAAGUGUUUUGCGAGGCUUGGGCCAGACAAGGGGAGUGUGAGCGGAACAGUGACGCCAUGGAUCACUAUUGUAAAAGGUCUUGUGGACGUUGUCCCAGAGAUAACGGGGACGUGAUCGGCGAUGGGAAUACCCACGUGAUUCGCCAAAGCGACGAGCAGUGUGAGGAUAUGUACGAGUCUAGACAGUGUCAGAUCUGGGCGACUGUCGGCGAAUGCGAACUGAACCCAGUCAGCAUGGAGCACUACUGUAAACGAUCAUGCGGUCUCUGCGAUCCAAUGGCCAGAGGCUUUAGUGAUGAACGGAACUAUACACCAGUGAAGGACGAUACGGGAACAGCGACAGUCAGCGAAACGAGGACAACACAGAACACGGGUAGUAGCGCGAAGAAAAAGAAGAAGAAGAAGUGCAAAGACACCUUUACGAAGAGGAAAUGCAAAUAUAUGUACAAAAUGGGAAUGUGUAAAGUUCAUCAUCUGGAGAACUGGAUGAGGAGCAACUGUGGGAAAACAUGUGGAUUUUGUUUAAAACGCAAAUACAGAACCGGUCUGCCCCAAAAAACAGGGGAAUGUCAGGAUAAUCGAAGUGAAUCAAAAUGCCAGCGUCUGAAAGGAAAAGGGUAUUGUACCACAAAGAAGAAAAAGAUGAGACGGAAGUGUGCAGCGACGUGUGGACUAUGUGAAGACGAACCCACGUGAUCAAGUCGCGUGGCGCACGCGCCGAUGGA